AUGUUGACAUUCCUACUCUUCUCCCUCCCGGCCGCCGCGCAGCUGUCUGGCGCCGUCGGCCCGACGACUUCUUAUGCCUCCAAGGCGGCCAACAAGGUCUGCAAUAUCGUCGACUACGGUGGCUUUCCCGAUAAUGGCACAGAUAUCGGCCCCGCUCUCUCAGCUGCUUGGGGUGACUGCGCCAAGGGCGGACUGGUUUAUAUCCCACCCGGCAACUUCUCCAUGGCGACGUUUCCAGCGCUAAAGGAUGGUGUCUCGUCGGCCGUGCAACUCGACGGGGUGGUUCUUCGCACCGGGGCUGAGGGCAGCACGAUGUUUUCCUUCCGCGGUUGCACAGACUUUGAAUUUUUCUCGGGCAACUCCCGCGGUGCUAUCCAGGGCUACGGCACCGAGUACUUGUCGCAAGGUGAGUACGGCCCACGUCUCAUGCGCUUCCACGACAUGAGCAACUUCUCCGUGCAUGGUCUCGCGCUGGUCGACUCGCCUGCGUACUACCUCACCCUGGACACGGUCAGCAAUGGCGAAAUCUACAACAUCAUCAUGCGCGGGCCUACCGUCCUUGGGGGUACCGAUGCGAUUGACGUCUGGGGAGACAACGUAUGGAUCCACGACAUCGAGGCAACCAACGGUGAUGAGUGCGUGACGGUCAAGAACCCUGCAUCCAACCUCUUGAUUGAGAGCAUUUACUGCAAUCUCAGCGGUGGAAUGUCGAUCGGCUCGCUCGGCACGGGGACUGACAUCCGUGACAUCUACUAUCGACAUAUUUAUGCAAACGAUGCGGAACCAUGCUUUAUCAAAUACAAUGGGGGCAACGGCACGGUCAGAAACAUCGCCUGGGACACGGUCACGGUCCGCGGCGGCGCUUAUCCGCUGUCGAUUGACUCCAGCUGGGGAGCGGCAAAUGACGGAGAUGGAGUGGAAAUCACCAACCUCACCUUCAAGAACUGGCAUGGGUACAAGUCGGACAAUGCACGUCCGGCUAUUCGACUCCAGUGCGCAUCCGAGGUGCCCUGCACGGAUAUCAAUCUGGAGAAUGUGAACAUGUCCAGCGAGGAUGACUACGUCUACUACGCUUGCGAGAAUGCCUAUGGAAAUGGGGCAUGCUUGGAAACGGCCUCAACCGCUGCCGCGACUGGUUAUACCGCACAUCAGACGGUGUCAUCUAUCGGAGUGUAUACCACUACCUGGAUGGUCGAAGAUAUUACCACGGCGAUGCUGGCCAAUACCUCCUAUACUAUCCCCCCUAUGCCAACAAGCUUCUAUCCGGGCCAAUCUCCAUACUCCGCUCUUCUACACCUGAGCGGACCUGGUGGUCUGGGUGCAGCAAGCUCUUCGGUCAAUUCCCAGCAUCAACGGCGUUAA